GAGCUGUGCACCCCAGUGCGCAUGUCCAUUUCCGGUUAGCGCCAUUUACCACUGGAGGCAAACUGAUGCAGGAGAGGUCAAAGCCAAGCACAUGGUCCCAGCGCUCUAACGGCAGUUUUUCUCUAACACUGAUUUCGAUCCAGAUUCCAGACUGUACUGUUCACAAGUAAAGAAGGGACCAUCCUCAAAAAAAAAGUUUUGGAUUGUGGCGAACUGUCCUCACCCGAGGAGAAAAUCAGGUGUCUACUGGAAGAGGGAUGCAGUGGACAUGAUGAUGGAACAGAAGUGGCCAAUCAGAGUCAUCGUCACUGAUUGUGACAUUAGAAGAAUCAGUCUUGAUCAGAAACCAGGCAACCUUGAGUCUCUCUUGGAUCAUUUGAAAGUUAAACUGGCACUACCAUAUGACUUCACACUACAGUUUGAAGACCCACUGUUUAACAAUGCCCUCUGUAAUCUGACAGAUGUAUCAGAACUACCAGAUCGAGCCACGCUGAAAAUUAUAAGUCUUGAGUCCUUCUCUUCAGUCUCUAGCACACUGUCCUCACCACGCACAUCUGACACAGAUAUACUAUAUACAAGUGAAGAAAAAUCUCCAAUGAUGAGGCCGGAUCCUUGGCCUUCUGCGUUUGAUAUUCCAGAUUUCUCUGUGGAUGUAAAUUUCCGACUGAGACAGGGAGACCUUGCCUGUAUGCAGGAAGGAAUUCGAAUGGAUGUUUCUCGGGACAUGAAACAUGUGAUCUUAGAAAGACUUGCAGAGGCAAUGUACAAGUACACAGCAUACCCCACAGAAGAACACUGUCAAGAAGUUGCCGCUGCACUGAUUGCGAAACAUCCCUGUCUGAAAGAAGCUGGAUCACCCACAGGAUAUUGUGGAUGGAAAAAUAGCAUUAAAUUCAAGAUGGGGAAUUUUCGUACAAAAAUGAGAAGAUCAGGAAUGGCCGAUGUCACAGUGAAUGGCAACAAGCGAAAAAGGGAUUUCCCAGAAGGAGCACCAUCAUGUAGUAACAUAAAAAGGGCAAAAAGAAGUGAAACGAAUUUCUUGCCAAAUUUUCCUGAUGGUGAAAAUGCAGAUUCGCUCGAGUCUGUUAGAAGACAGCUUGAAAAUGAAGCAAAAAAGAGGCUUCCGGACUCAGCUGAUGUGAAGAAAAUGAUGGACAAGACAUUUGCUUUGCGACGCAAAGAAGUUGUGGAGGAACAGCCUCCAGUUAAAAGGAUGAUGGAACGCUGGCCUGUGCUGUUCACAGAAAGUCAGGUGUUUGCAGAGUUCUACAGAAUUGCCAGUAAGAACCUCAAGAAAGACUUCUAUGAAGCUCUGGACCACCAUACCGCUCGUCUCAUUGACCUCUUCAAAUCCAGAAAAGGAGCUGUAGGCCAAUCACUUGAUCACCUCCUCCAGUCAAUCAAUACACAAACUGACAUCACCACAACACGCACUGCUGUCCUGCAAUGUCUGCCCCUGUAUCUUGGAGAUAAUUCCAGCGAAUUCUUCCUCAGUUGCUCAGAUUCGGACACUGCACAAGACUUCUCCCAGGUGCCUGUUGGGGUUCUUAGAGUCAUGACUGAUGACACGCCACCAGUGAUUAACAGCAUUGCAAUCAUCCUUGAAGGAAACAUAGUCAUGGAUGAGAUUCCCACAACCUCUCUAGGACUUUGUCUUCUGUUCGGCUUGAUAUAUGCACUCCAUCUGGAUUACCCAAAAGGUAUGAAGAACACAUUUGAGUUCAUCCAGAAGACAUUGUUGAACCUUGGACAACAAAAGCUCAGCCCAAAACUCCAAACAUUAAAAAAUGCUCUGUUGAGCUAGAUGUUAUGGCUAGGGAUAGCUAUAGCCUACUGUUUUUUUACCCAACUGUGGUGUGUGAAUCAGUGUGAGUGUGAUGGGGCUGAACAAUUAAACAAAGCGUUAUUUAGUAUGAUAAGUAUUUAUUUUUAAUGUAUUGAAUAUUAUAUUUUGCUUGCUGCUUUUUUUUUUGAUGUUGUGGUAAUGAAACUAUGACAGAAUACUCUUUUUUUUUUUUUUUUUUUUGUGGAGCUGAAGAGGUCUUGAUAUUGUAUUCUGAACAAAUAAGAAAAUACACAACACAGUGAGAUUGAUCCCUCUAACAAAAAUGAAUGAAUCGUCACAAUAACUGUCAAAAGAAUUGCAAUGUCUUUGUUGUUUUUUUUGUUCAGCCUCAUUUCAUUCCAUACUAAUCUGACUCAGUAUUAUGGGUGUGCAGUUACUGUUACCUCACAAUUGCAAAAAGGGUGGAGGUACUUGGUGAGCCAACAGUGUAAAACAAAGUUAAUAAAACCAGAAGUAAACUUA